AUGAAUUCUAGAGGUGAUGAUCACUCCGGUUGGGAGGAGUUUCAAGACCCGAGGGGAACUCCUGUAUUGUCGGAACGUUCUCGAUACCAGAAAGAGGAUGACAAGCAAAAAGACACAAACUCUCUUGGACGGAUCGAGAAAAUACGACAGAAAUCAAAUGGCACACUCAGCAUUGACGACAACAUCACCGCGCAUGGCGAUUUACUGGUUUGGGACCUGGACAAUGUUGAUGUUGAAUACACAAGCGACAUGUCUGAUCAUGGAACACCAAGGAUGGCCACACCACCAAAGGACAUUAAAAUGUAUGUAAAUCAAGGAAAGCAGGUUUCCCUUGUGGACCCAUCAGAGGGGAAACCACACAGGCCGAUAUUUAGUCCCUCAGACGCUAUCGAAACGUACAGAUUCCGUGACGUCUUCCCAAAGCCCGAGUUUCAUCAAACAAGACUGCUGAACCGUCUUGGAAAAAUAGAUGCGGGUGGGGCUUUUGUCAUUGACAAUAAUAUCACCAUGCAUGGUGACGUCAUGAUGUUAGACCUUGACAGUGAAGGUCAUACUUCAAACAUAUUGACAGCUGUCGAGAAACUUAGCCAGCUGACUGAAACGCCGAUGACCGUUACUAAGUCCGACAAUAAACGUGCAACAACUGGUAUUCGGCACUUAAUGGCCAUCAGAAACCCAGAACUCGCCGAACUCUCGAAAAGCAGCGGAAACAAUCCGGAAAAGAAACGAAAGAAGAAGAAGACUAGACAAAAUAAAAUCAAAGAGAAUGUCAUUGAUGGACAAGAACCGGAGAAACAAAGAACCGGUGUCAUUGACUCAUUACAGGAAGACGUGGUCAUCGACACCAGCACAGAAAAGAAACCAGUAGGGUUCCUUAAGAUGAUGAAACACCAGAUGAGCCGUCUCGGGACCUUUAUCCAGAAGAAACUGAUCUGUCGUUGA